CAUGAGCCUUCUGACUGGUCACAUUUCAUUUUUAAACGAAAGAAGUUACACUUACAAGGAUUAAAUAUUUUAUUUUUACUUAGACGGUCAUUUUUGUCUUUAACUUUAGCAACCAGACCAUUGGCUCAUCGCCUAGGCGACCUUCUAUCAUUUAAAGUUCUCCCCGUAAUUAAGCUCACUAUAAAUACAGUGGGUCUUCGCCAUAGGGAUUCAAUUUUGUAUGUCAAGCAGAUGAUACCAUUAGAAAUUGAUUCUUAACAACCACCAAGCUCGUUGUCUUACUUUAUCUGAAAGACAGUAUGCGCAUGACUUGAUUUAUGUCAAACCAGAAUUAUCUUGUUUUUUGUACAUGUAUAAAAGUCCGUAGGCCAUAUCAAAAAUAAAGAAAAACAUAACUGAUGCUAAUUCCAGUCUUAAAGAUCAAAUGAACCUUUAAACUCAUAAUGAACCCUUUCUUGCAGUUGGGAUAUAAAUGUCCAUCCUGUCUUAUUAAUUCUUUUUAUGAGUAAUCUCUCUGUACUAAUACUGAUUAACAUUCUAUUUAUCGAUAUUAAUAUUGGACUACCAAUAAGGUGAAUAUAUUAAGAUUACUUAUAUCUAAUCUAUACUCGUAUCUCGUCAAAUUGAAAUGUCAAAGUUUGAUAAAACGUUCAUUUAAAGGUUACAAAAGGUAACAAAGAUGUCACACAUUUGUAUAAUUACCGUUCUAUUUCCUAUCUUAAUCAUUUAUUCUGCUGGAUAUAAAAUUCAACAAACUGGACUAAAUGGCAACCAUGCAAAGUUUCAUCAAAACUUAAAGCAUUUAUUCGGAAGAAGUACAAGAAGCUCACCUGGCAAUAUUUGUUGUGCGUAUGGGCAAUGGGAAGCAAAUGCAUAUAUAAUUGCAAGUACAAAAUUGACUCUCGAGAAUAUAACAAUGAUUGUUUAUUACAAUGGAACAGGGAAAAUUGCCUUCGAUGAAACAAAUAAAAAAUCUUACAUUAGUUUUAAUGUAACAGAAUUUGCCCCAGGAUCAACAAAACAUGACUAUAAAACAUCGACGGAUAUCAAAGACUUUGCAACGGGAAUUACAUAUGACAUAGAUGGCGACAGUUGUUUUAAGCAGCCGAAUUCAGCGGACAUGCAAAUAUUAUGUGUUCCAGGGAAUGCGACAGUGAUGUCUAAGGGUUUAUUUAAUGGCGUAGACGUAACAACAUAUCAGAUAUCGUACAGUACUCCACCAUUGGAGAUUCUUACAACACCAACAGUUCGACAAAACGGUAGUAAUUGUGAGACGAUCAUGUUCUCUUAUGCGAUGUUCUCCGAUGAUACCAUUGAAGAAUCAGUGUAUGAUGUUGAUGUCGUAGAUAUAACUCCAGGAAUAAAAGAUCCAUCUAUAUUUGUACCUCCUAAAGAUUGCAACUAGGUGGGUUAUUGGAACACGUCGUCGAUUAUUAUAUCACGUGAUUUUAUAUGUAUACAAAAAGAGGGUGUAAUCUUUGUACAGUGUAUAUUAAAUGUAUGUAUGUGACAUCCAAAGGAAAAAAGUCUAUUUCGGUAAAAUUGUGAUUGAAAAAUAUCUGACUUAUAAUCAAUUUUCAAACGCCCACUUAUGUACAUUUCUUUCCUAAUCCGAAUAAUGUCAACAAGUAUAUAUUUUGUACUUUGGGUUUCUUUAACAAUAAUAAGUACAUGUAUAAAAAUAAUGUACUGUUUACUGUGUUCUAUAAAUUUACCUAAUUAAGGUAUACAUUGGAAUAAACUUUAUCACCAA